AUGACAAACACAGACUCAUCAUCCGCCCAAUCCGCACCAUCCUCCCCAGCAACAACAAUGUCAACUCACGACAACCCCGCAGUCGACAACGACAAUUCCCUCGACGACAUCUUCGGCUCCUCCCCGCCCCAAAAUACCCUUAACGCACCACUCCCACCAACAACCGCAACCUCCGAAUUAACCGAACCCUCCGACCUCCCGGGCCUCCGCCGCCAACACGUGACAGCAGGCUACCGCGACGGCACAUCCGCCUCCAAGGGCGCGCACGUGCAAGAAGGCUUCGACGGAGGCUUCCCCGUCGGCGCGCAGCUGGGUAUGCGCGCCGGCACGGUACUGGGCAUUAUGGAGGGACUGCUCCGCGGGUUUGAGGAGCGGAGUGGACCGGGUGUUGUGAAGAAGCCGGUGCGGGGUCAAUCUGCCGCGUCUACGGGGACGGAGGGGAAUACUGAAAUUGCGGAAUUGCGUCGACAGAAGAGGGAGCAGCUCCGGGUGCUGUAUGAAGCUGCGUUGAAGGAGCUGGAUGUACAGGCUGUUUUUGCUGAGGGUGGUGGUAGUGCUCCGGAGAUUGCGCCGAGGGCGGAGGAUGGGGAGGAGGAACGGGCGGAGGUGCAGCUUGGGCGGAAGGGGGAUGUUGUUAUUGCGAAGUGGGAGGGGAGGGUUGGGGUUCCGGCGUGGGAGGAGAAUAUGGAGGCUUUGGAGAUGAAGGAGGAGGACAAGGGCGAGGGUCAGGCUGUGGAGCACAGUUGA